AUGCAGAUCACCAACCUUCUCACUCUGGCCCUGGCCACUGGCCUGGUUUCAGCCGGAUGCUUCACGCAUGGCACUGAAUGGGCCAUCGGCAGUAUGCAGGCAAUGAAGCUGGCCACGAAGUUCUGCGAGCGCGUCCAGUUGAAGGCAGUCGAAGGCAACAAGCCAAUCGAGUACUGUUACAACAUGGAAUCUCAUGGCUGGCUGGCUCACGUCAAGUUCGCUGUUGGCCAUGGCGGCGAGAAAUUCGAAAAGGUGCCUGAGGAAUGCAUCACCAGAAUGGAGAAUUCCAUCAAGGACUGCAAGCACGGUGGUGGUUAUGAGGAUGAAAAUGGCUGGUGGUUUAUUGCCAAUCCUAGCAAGGGCGUGUGCGUCUACGGGGGUCGUCAAUACGGGGACCAUAACACGACGCAUAGCCACCACCAAACUGAACUGAAUAGGAGAUUGGGGUCAGUUGCAGCCACAAAUAGCAAUCUUUGA